AUGGUUUCAGUAUCAAAAUUAGUCAAUGGAGGCUUAUAUUUAGCAGGACAGCAGGUAUAUCAGAAUCUUGCUACUCCAGAGCAAGCAGCAGUAGAUCAAUAUAACAUUGUUAGGUUUUUGGGGGGUAGCGCUCCAUACGUUCAGAGACAAGGGUACGGUAUCUCUACUGAUAUUCCAGACGGUUGCUCCUACGAACAAGUACAGUUGUUGUCAAGGCAUGGAGAGCGUUAUCCGUCCAAGAGUUCUGGUAAGCUGUAUCAUAAGAUUUAUAACAAGUUAAAAGCAUACAAUCAGACAUUUCAAGGUUCACUUUCAUUCAUGAAUGAUUAUGACUAUUUCGUGACUGAUGAUAACUAUUACGAAAAAGAGACAACUCCAUUGAAUUCUGAGGGCUUAUUUGCGGGUACUACCAAUGCAAUGAAACAUGGUGCCUCUUUCAGGUCAAAAUACAACUCUUUAUUCAACGAGAAUUCGACUCUACCAGUUUUCUCAUCUAACUCUGGAAGGUGUUUCAUGACUUCAAAAUACUUUGCUAGAGGAUUUUUGGGUGACGAUUACACUGAGGAUUCCGUAAAGUACAGUAUAAUCGACGAAGAUGGCUCGAUGGGUGCUAAUUCCUUAACCCCAAGAUCUGGCUGCAACACUUUGAAGGAUGCUCAAAAAUCUGAAAGUUACGAUGACGAUUACUUGCAAGACAUAGUCGACAGAAUUCAACUGGAAAAUAAUGGUAUUGAUAUUGAUACCGAUGAUGUCGAGAAUCUUUUUGGUUAUUGUGCUUAUGAAAUGAAUGUUAAAGGUGCAUCCCCAUUUUGCGAUAUCUUCACAAACGAGGAAUUAGUAAAGUUUUCUUAUCAAACCGAUGUGGAUGCAUACUAUUCAAAUGGCCCAGGAAAUAACAUGACAUUGGCUGCGGCUUCUCAGAUGGUUUUGUCAUCGCUUAAGUUACUCAAGGAUAAUAGUAGUGAAAACAAGGUUUGGUUAUCGUUUACUCAUGAUACUGAUAUCGAAAUCUUUCAUGCUUCAUUAGGCAUCAUCAACCCUAGCCAGGAUAUCCCUACGGAUCAUAUCCCUUUCCCUAAUCCAUAUGUGCAUUCAUCCAUUGUUCCACAAGGUUCAAGGACUUACACAGAAAAAUACAAGUGUGGCGAUGACUCUUACGUUAGAUUUAUUCUCAACGAUGCAGUGAUUCCAAUAAACUCUUGUUCGACUGGUCCUGGCUUUUCUUGCAAGCUCGAGGACUUUGAAGACUACAUCAAUGAAAGAUUUGAAGGUGUGAGCUAUGAGGAUCAAUGCCAAAACUCAAAUGCGCUGCUUACGUUCUAUUGGGAUUAUAACCAAAAGAACUACACUGCUGCUCUCUUAGACAGUUAG